AUGGGUGGUUCAUCGGCAUCUGACAUUGAACCAUUUAACAUUGAAAAGUAUAAGGACGAUGAGGACGAAGAGGGAUAUGGAGAGGAAUAUGGAGAGGAUGUACCUCUUCCACCUGUCGACAAUUCCUUUCGGAAGAGAAUACGCAAACACAAGAUUACUCCGCAGGAAACCAUGUUCCUUAUUGGUGCUGGUGUGGCCGUUGUCAUCGUGCUCUUUUUCGCCGUCUCGAUUGGCACCGAACAUCUGGCAGCAAAAGAUACUGUGGAACUAUUUGGUACAAGCUAUUCUAUCGCCAGUACCACAGCUCUGAAUCGUGUUUCUUCGGGUCUUACUGGUACCAUUCCAACCCUGAUUGGACUGUUGACUGCUGUGACCAGCAUUUCAAUUGGAGGAAAUGAAUUUUCAGGGACCAUCCCAACCGAAGUAGGCUUGCUUUCCAAUUUGGUCAGCCUCAAAAUUCAAAGAAACCAGUUCACCGGAAAGCUUCCCUCUGACGUGGGAUUGCUAACCAGGUUGACAGACUUGGUUUUGAAUGACAACCAAAUUGAGUAUCUACCAUCGGAAAUUGGAAAAAUGAUGGCAUUGAACCGCUUGUAUCUCAACAACAAUGAGAUUUCGGGAAAUAUCCCUUCAGAAGCAGGGCUCCUAAAAUCCUUGAUAAAUUUGUACCUCCAGGAGAAUCAUUUCCGCGAAGCAGUUCCAACCGAACUUGGACAGUUGACUGUACUAAAUGGCCUAAUCAUGCACAGCACCAAAAUAUCAGGACACGUGCCCUCAGAGCUGGGGCUUGUGACAACAAUGUCCAAGUUGCUUCUUUAUGACACUCUCUUGUCCGGUCCUCUGCCUUCGGAGAUUGGCUUGCUGACAGGCUUGAAUGACAUGUCCCUCCAGGAUACACAAAUCACAGGCUCUGUUCCUGACAGCUUGUGUGCCAACGCGCAUUUGUCUUGGAUUAUGGUGGACUGCCCCCCAGGGCCCUUUGCUAUGGAAUGCACAUGCGACAAGUGCAAAUGUGGAGCUCCUUCCAAAGAAUUACCACCAGCAGAAGCUGUGAAACCGGCCUCUCCAGCGGAAUCAGAAUCACCCCAAACAGCACCCCAAACUGUGGAACUGUUUGAUGUCUCCACUGUCAGUUUGGGUGAAAACAAGUUCACCGGAACGGUGCCUUCGCAGAUUGCACAGUGGACCAAAUUGACCAACUUGCAACUGUAUUCGAAUUGGUUGUCAGGCAGUGUGCCCUCCAGUCUUUGCGCAGUCAAAGAAUUGGGAAAUAUUCGUGUUGACUGUCCCCCAGAUCCCUAUGUUGUGAAUUGCCCAUGUUAUGGUGUAUGUAGAUGCGGUCAUCCCUAA